CCAGCCAUGGCCUCCUCCUGUUCUGCCAACGUCGUCCCGCUGCAGCCCCUCAAGCCCGACCUUCACGAGCGCGCCUGGACGUCGAUACCGCACCCCAGCCUCCCCCUCAUCGCAACCGCCCACGGCAAGAACGUCACCGUCUUCUCCCUCUCCACGCUCUCCUUCCACAGCGCCCUCGCCGACGGCCACUCGCGGUCCGUCCGGAGCGUCGCCUGGAAGCCCGGCUUGCCGCCGCACGAGCUGUGCCUCGUCACGGGCAGCUUUGACUCUUCCGCCGGCGUGUGGCGCUGGGCCAAGGAAGGAGGCAAUGGCGAUGACGGCGACGACGACGACGACGACGGCCUCAGCCAUGACGUGACGAGAAUUACUGCGAGCGACGGCGACUCGGGCAAGGCUGGCGGCGACUGGGACUUCAACCUCGUGCUCGAGGGCCACGACUCGGAAAUCAAGGGCUGCGCCUUUUCUCCGUCCGGCACAUACCUCGCGACCUGCUCGCGCGACAAGUCCAUCUGGAUCUGGGAAGACAUUGCCAGCGCCGAGUCGGAGGACGACUGGGAGACCAUUGCCGUCCUCAACGAGCACGAGGGGGACGUCAAAGCCGUGGCCUGGUGCCCCGACGUGCCCGGGCGCAACAGCGUCGGACGGCGCUACUACAGCGUCGACGUGCUCGCCAGCGCCAGCUACGACAACACGGCACGCAUCUGGCGCGAGGACUCUGAUGGCGAAUGGGUCUGCGUGGCCGUCCUGGAGGGCCACCAGGGGACGGUGUGGGGGAUCGAGUGGGAGCCGCGGCCGAAGAACGAUGCGUUUCCCAGGCUCAUGACCUUCUCCGCCGAUGGCACGAUACGCGUGUGGACACUGCAGCAAGACGACGACAGUGCCGUUUCCGAUGGCUCAGCGAUGCCGCAAGGCCUAGGCGGCAUACCGAGCACGAUGAGGCGGUCGUUCAAGGAAGAAUGGAAAUGCACAGCCGUGCUCCCCAAGGUACAUGACAAGGACGUGUAUUCAGCCACAUGGAGCGCCGAGUCCGGUCUCGUAGCCAGCACCGGCAGCGACGGCGUCAUCGCGUUAUACAAGGAAGAUAGCGACGGCGUUGCAGAUCCCCAGAGUGGUUCCGAGAAUAACGGCCUUGACGACGCUGCACGGAAGACUUCCGAUGGUCAAAUAACCGGCGGGCCACAAUGGCGGCUUCUGACCACGGUGCCCAACGCUCACGGGCCGUACGAGGUCAACCACAUCACUUGGUGUAAGCGCUAUGACGCAGGGUCAACAAGGAGGGGAGAGGAGGAAAUGCUAGUUACCACAGGCGACGACGGAGUGGUUCAGUCGUGGCAAGUCGACAUUACAUCUCCGUAA